UUCUUUUUUUCUCACCGUCUUCCCUUUUUAUUCUCUCUCUCUCUCUCUCUCUCUCUCUCUCCCACUUAGUCCUCGAAUCUCUACGCGUUUCAGCGUUAAGUCUUCUAGAUCUCCGUCUAAGCUUCUUCGUUCUGCUCGCACGCCGUUAUAAAAUCUCCGAGAUCGUCUCCGUACAAUCGAAUCGGAUUCGCCUCGUUUUUAUUUUUAUCUCAAGGGGAGAUUUUUUUAAAAAAAAGAAAAAAAUGGCGCAGCAAUCGUUGAUCUACAGUUUCGUGGCUCGAGGUACGGUAAUCCUCGUUGAGUUCACAGAUUUCAAAGGCAAUUUCACAUCCAUCGCUGCUCAGUGCCUUCAGAAGCUUCCUUCUUCCAACAACAAGUUUACCUACAACUGCGAUGGUCAUACCUUCAAUUACCUCGUCGAAAAUGGAUUCACCUAUUGUGUGGUUGCAGUUGAUUCUGCUGGGAGGCAGAUUCCUAUGGCUUUCUUGGAACGAGUUAAGGAGGAUUUUAACAAGAGAUAUGGUGGUGGAAAGGCUGCUACUGCUCAAGCUAACAGCUUGAAUAAAGAAUUUGGGUCGAAACUGAAAGAGCACAUGCAGUAUUGUAUGGAUCAUCCUGAUGAGAUUAGCAAGCUUGCUAAGGUCAAAGCUCAAGUUUCUGAAGUUAAAGGUGUCAUGAUGGAAAACAUUGAGAAGGUUCUUGACCGUGGUGAGAAAAUUGAGCUUUUGGUGGACAAAACCGAAAACCUUCGCUCACAGGCGCAAGAUUUCAGAACACAAGGAACUCAAAUGAGAAGAAAGAUGUGGUUUCAGAACAUGAAGAUAAAACUGAUUGUUCUUGCAAUCAUCAUUGCCUUGAUUCUCAUCAUCGUCCUCUCGGUUUGCGGGGGAUUCAACUGUGGCAAAUAAGUCUGGAGCUUCUCUUACCAGGGUUAUCUACCACCUUUUGUGCUUCCAAUUGUGCUUCCAAGAUCUCUGAGAACAUCGUCCUCAUUCAGUUCUUUGUGCUGCUUUCUUUUUUUGUGGUUUCUAAAUUCUCGUGCAAUGUUUCUUCUUAUUAGAUUGUACUUCUUGAAAUUGGUUUUGUAUAGGCCAUAUAUACAUAUAUGUAUGAAUAUUCAUUAAAAUUUGCAAUAUUGCCCUUGUUGGUACUGACACUAA